AUGGCGGGUUAUCUUGAGGCUCUUAACCCUCUUGCUUGGGAGGUCACCGACAAAGCCAUUGGUGUUAUGGAUGAGGACCACACAAAAUGGAAUGCUAGACCCAAAAAUGCUUUGUUUGAUGCUCUUAGUGAAGAAAUCUUUGCACGUGUGCAUAGCAAGAAAACCGCUCAUGAAGUGUGGGAAGAGCUUGAGACCAUUCAUGUUGGUUCUAAGAAGCUCCGUGAAGAGAAGUACCAAGUGCUUAAGGAGAAACUCAAUGAGUUCAAAAUGCAUCCUAGUGAACUAGUUGAACAAAUGUAUGCUAGGUUGAAUGUACUUGUUGAGGACAUUAACGCAUUUGAAAUUUCUUCUUUGUCUACUAGUGACAUCAUCCGGAAGAUUCUUCACUCAUUGCACAAGUCCAAGUACAACAUUGUGACAUCCUUGCUGUAUGAGAAAGAUCUUUCCACAUUGCAAGUGAGUGAAGUGGUUGGGAAAAUUCGGUCUCAUGAGAUGUUUCUCUUGGGCGAAAUUGAUCCUCUUCAAGCCAAAGGUGAUCUUGCUCUCAAAGCAAAAGCCGAACACAAGUCAAAUAAGAAGAGCAAGGGCAAGGCACCUAUGUCAAGUUCAAGUGAAGCUAGUGAUGACUCAAGUGAUGAGGAAGGUGAUGAAGACACCAAACUUACUCUCCUCAUGAGGAAGACCACAAAGCUUAGGUCAAGGUUGAACAAGAAGGGGUACAACUUCGACCCCAAGAAAAACAAGUUCCGUACAAGGAAGCCAAAAGAUACCCUCAAGAAGAUAUGCUAUGUUUGUGGCAAGUACGGUCAUCUCUCAUAUGAUUGCCCUCAAGAAUCCAACAAGAAGCAAGAUGAGGACAAUCAACCAAGGCACAAGAAAGAUCAUGAUCACAAGAAGGACCAUGACAAAAAAGAGUACAAGAAGAAGAGGUCCUUCAAGAAGAAAGAGAAAAUCAAGGCUUUCCUUGGGGAGUGGAUCACCGACGGCGAGACCUCAAGCAACGAUGAUGAUGAUGAUGAUGAUGACUCCAAGAAUAUCGUUGUGGGGAUCACCAUCCAUGAAGAUGAACCACCGCUACCUCCACUACCCAUAUGCCUCAUGGCUAGAGGUAACCCCAAGGUGAAUUCCGAUGACUCAUGCUCUAGUUAUGAUGAUAGUGAAAAUGAGAUAUCUCCUAGAGAUCAUAAGUUGCUCCUAGAUGAAUAUAAUGACAUGAUCAAGAAGCUUAAAUCUAAACUCAAGUGUUUAAAAAAUGUGCAUGUUGAGCUUAAGACUUCACAUGAUGAGUUAUUUGUUAGACACAAUGAGGUAGUACUGUAG